GUCUCAUCAUUUCUACCUACCACUUUCCCUCUUCCGCUUUUCAAAACAUUGCCCCAAAUUUUCUCCGAUUGAACCCCUAAAAUUUUCUCGGGAAAACGGAGGAAAGGGAAAGGAACUGAAGGGAAAGAAUGCCGCGAGAAAUUAUCACGUUGCAGGUGGGACAAUGCGGGAACCAGAUCGGAAUGGAGUUCUGGAAGCAACUCUGCCUCGAGCACGGCAUCAGCAAGGAAGGCAUUCUCGAAGAUUUCGCUACUCAGGGAGGUGAUAGGAAAGACGUGUUUUUCUACCAAGCUGACGAUCAGCAUUACAUACCACGAGCUUUAUUGAUUGAUUUGGAGCCCAGGGUUAUUAAUGGUAUUCAGAACAGUGAAUACAGAAAUCUCUACAAUCAUGAGAACAUAUUUAUUUCGGAUCAUGGAGGGGGUGCUGGAAAUAAUUGGGCUAGUGGAUAUCAUCAGGGGAAGGGCGUCGAAGAAGACAUAAUGGACAUGAUUGAUAGAGAAGCUGACGGAAGUGACAGCCUCGAGGGUUUUGUUUUAUGCCAUUCAAUCGCUGGAGGAACAGGCUCAGGCAUGGGUUCGUAUUUGUUGGAGACUCUUAAUGAUCGGUACAGCAAAAAGCUUGUUCAGACAUACAGUGUAUUUCCUAAUCAGAUGGAGACUAGUGAUGUGGUGGUUCAGCCUUACAAUUCACUUUUGACACUCAAGCGACUUACACUGAAUGCUGAUUGUGUUGUUGUUCUUGAUAAUACUGCACUUAAUAGAAUUGCCGUGGAGCGACUUCAUCUUUCAAAUCCGACUUUUGCUCAGACAAAUUCUUUGGUUUCUACUGUCAUGUCAGCAAGCACAACCACGUUACGCUAUCCUGGAUAUAUGAACAAUGACUUAGUUGGCCUUCUUGCCUCUUUGAUUCCUACUCCAAGAUGCCAUUUUCUGAUGACUGGAUAUACUCCUCUCACAGUGGAACGCCAGGCUAAUGUUAUCCGUAAAACCACUGUAUUAGAUGUUAUGAGGAGACUUCUGCAGACAAAGAAUAUUAUGGUUUCGUCCUAUGCACGGACAAAAGAAGCCAGUCAAGCAAAAUACAUAUCAAUAUUAAACAUUAUUCAAGGAGAAGUUGACCCUACACAGGUCCAUGAAAGUUUGCAGAGAAUUCGUGAAAGAAAGCUUGUUAAUUUUAUUGAAUGGGGCCCUGCAAGCAUUCAGGUUGCUUUGUCUAGGAAAUCUCCAUAUGUUCAAACUGCCCAUAGGGUCAGUGGACUUAUGCUUGCAAGCCACACUAGCAUUCGUCACCUCUUCAGUAAGUGUUUAAGCCAGUACGAGAAGUUGAGAAAGAAGCAAGCCUUUCUUGACAACUACCGGAAGUUCCCAAUGUUUGCUGACAAUGAUCUGUCAGAAUUUGAUGAAUCAAGGGACAUAAUUGAGAGUUUGGUUGAUGAAUACAAAGCAUGCGAGUCCCCAGAUUACAUCAAAUGGGGUAUGGAGGAUCCGGACCAAAUUAUGACUGCAGAAGGCAAUGUUACAGGAACAGUGGACCCGACAUUAGGAAUAUGAACUAACAAGUUAUAGCUUCUGCUGCUGGAGAGGGAGAAGAUGUUGCGGUGGUACAAGUACAUUGUCAUUUGGUUCUCGCUGCCUUGUUAAACAUGGUAUGUCAUGUAAUUUGACAUCUUGUCAUUGGUGUUUAAUUUGUCUAUUGAAGAGUAAAGAUUCUUGUACAUAUGCUUCAAACUUAUACCAGAUUUAGUAAGUGAAUUCCGGUCCAUUCAAAGAAUCCAGCCAUUUGGUCUAUAGUUGCAUGUUAUGUGGUCCCUUUAUGAUAUUUGAGUAGAUCACCAUCCAACAUGGUGCCAUAUGAGGAUGAGACUGCAUGUGUCAUGUUGCAUGCAUCUAGUGUUUUCAAAUUAUCGCUUUCCUGCCUAAUUUUCCCAUGUAUCUGCCCAUAUUUCUGCUGACUUAAUGCCUUUUGCCUCGGAUGUAACGUUUUUG